AUGUAUCGAUCUGCCGAUGUGACGCCGAAUCAGUUGCCUCAAUUCGGAAACCACUACGACAUGUCUGGGCAAGUCUGGGCAGCUCCGGCCAUGCUGGGCCGUCUGAGCCAAUACAGGCCUGCCUGGGGGACCGGGUUUAUCCUGUGGGUCCCCUCUGACCCAGGUCCGCGGGGUUAUUGUUUGGUCCCACCAUUCAAUAACCCACCAGAUCGAGUCACCAUUCUCCCUCAAAAACGACAGAUUUGUCCCCUCGUUAAGCGACACAUCCACUCGACUCAACCACCGGUGCUGAGGCCGUACCGAUUAUUGGCUGGGGUGGACUUCAGAUUACGAAUCCAAACAAAUCACAACGGCAUGGCUCAGAUUCUCUUUUCAACGCCUCAAAAUCCGGUUGGAAAUCGUCCUGAUUGGUCAAUCAUUCGACCUAUCCACUCGACUGAACCACCGGUGGUGACACCAAUUCCUGGAACCGCCCCACCUUUCAUUUAUGGAUCUGAAAAACUCACAACGGCAUGGCACCAAUCUCAUGUCUCGACGCCUCAAGUAGAUGAUCUGGUAGGAUGGGGUGGAACCAAAGCGCAAUCGGCUUUGAGGAAGUGA